AUCCAUCUACGUAACGCAAAGCAUUUGCUUUUCCUCCUUCCUGCAGCCGCGGCGCAUCAGCGGUAAUGAAGCCGCAGCCCGGAGAUGUCCCUCAGACAUUCCCACUCUGCCAGGGGACCCGAUAGGAAAGGAAACCGCCGUUCCGUGUGCUCGUUCUGGCUUGUCGUUGCUGUUGGGGAAGAAUAACCAUUCGUGGCUGAGAGUGGCAGGGAGCGGGGCGCAGGAUGAACAGCAUAAGACAGGUGCCCUCGCGCGUGAAAAGCAGGCGCACCGAGGCCAGCCUCGGAGCCGAGAGGGAUCAUUUUGACAAGCAGCAGCUCAGCAGCAUCAGCAAAGCAAUCAACUCCACUGAGACACCGGUGAAGGAGAAGCAUGCACGACGCAUCAUCCUGGGAACACACAGGGAGAAGGGAGCCUACACCUUCUGGUCUUACGCACAGGGCUUCCCUCUGGCCAGCAGCUCCAUCCUUAGCUGGAAGUUUUGCCAUGUUUUGCACAAAAUCCUGCGUGAUGGUCAUUCAAAUGUUCUGCAGGAUUGCAUGAGACAUCACAGUUCUUUAGUUGAAACUGGAAAAUUAUGGGGCCACCUCCAUGACAAAUAUGGCCAGCUGGCCGCCCUUUAUACCAGUCUGCUCUGCACAAAAUUGGAGUUUCACAUAAAGCAUUCAGAAAUCCCCCCGAACCUGGAGGUCACGGAUGAAGUUCUGGAGCGAACUGCUGGAACAGACGUUAACAAUGUGUUCCAGCUCACAGUGGAGGUGUUUGAUUACAUGGACUCAGAGCUGCGGCUGGCAGAGACAGUGAUCCGACAGCUGAACACAUCCAUCGCCAUCUCCUCCCUCACGUCCGGCCAGUGUCGCCUGGCCCCGCUCAUCCAGGUCAUCCAGGACUGCAGCCACCUCUACCACUUCACUGUCAAGCUGCUCUUCAAGCUGCAUGCCUGUCUACCGGCAGAUACUUUACAAGGACACCGGGAGCGUUUCCAUGACCAGUUCCGCAGCCUUAAGAACUUCUUCAAUAAAACCAGAGACAUGCUGUAUUUCAAGAGAAUGAUCCAGAUUCCCAGACUUCCUGAUUCUCCACCUAAUUUCCUGCAUGCAGCAUCACUGGCCAAACACGUGAAGCCCGUGGUGGUGAUUCCUGAUGACGAUGAAUCUGAGCAACAAGACGAGGAUGAUGAUGAUCCAGAGCCACUCAUCGAGGUCAGCGACGUUUCAACACCAAUCGUCCAGGCACAGCCACAGAUGGACAUAUUUGAUCAGGCCUUUGGACCACCAAACGGAGGCUUUGAUGACAGAGAUCUCCAAAUUGACAGCUUGAAGUCCGAAAUUGAGCUUUUGAGAGCAGAACUUGAGAGAGUAAAAGCAGAGGCUCAGCGCUAUAUCACACAGCUCAAGUCCCAAAUCAACAGUUUGGAGGCAGAGUUGGAAGAGCAACGGAUGCAGAAGCAACGUGCUCUUGUGGAGAAUGAACAGCUGCGCAUGGAGCUGGAGGCAACCCAUCACCGAAACGUGGAGCACCAAAGCUUACAGACCACCUUCAUAGAGGCAGAGAAAAGGGCCCAGGCCACCGAGCAGCGGUACAACAAGCUGAAGGAGAAACACACAGAGCUGGUGACCAGCCAUGCAGAACUACUCAGAAAGAGUGCAGACACCGUGAAGAUGCUGUCAGCAACCCAGCAGACCCAGGAGGAAGUGGAGAGGACCAAACAGCAGUUGUCCUUUGAGGUGGAUCGGAUAAAACAAGAAGCUGAUAUGAAGUUGGAAGAGCAGAAGUUUGAGAUGGAGAAGCUGAAAAGAGAGCUGGACGAGAAGAUGGCAGAUAUGAUGCGCGUCAAGGCAACUCUGCAGAACAGCGAGAAGAGCUCGGAGCAGAUGAACAGCUCAAUGACGGCUCUGCAGGCUGAGAAGGAGCGUCUGAUGCGCUCUGUGAGUGAGAAAGAGGCGGAGCUGUCGUCUCUGCGACAGGCGGCGCAGGUGCAGCAGUCGUCGCUCCAGCAGGAGCGGGACAGGAGCAGCAGGGAGCUGGGAGAGCUGCAGGGCAAACUGAAGGAGAAGACAAAUCAGGAGGAACAGAUGAAGAAGAAGCUUCUGGAGGAGCAGUUUGCAUUGCUCCAAGGUACUAUAACAGAGGCUGAGAGCAUUAUUGAAGAUGCCGUUGCCAAGCUGGAUGACCCUCUCCACAUACGCUGUACCAGCUCUCCAGAUUACCUCAUAAGUCGGGCAGAGGCAACUCUGAGCUCCAUCGACACAAUGAAAAAGGGACACACAGCUUAUCUGACUAACAUGGAAGAUGCUGGAGGGCUGCUGAGGGCUCUGACCCAGUUCUCCCACUUGGCUGCAGACACAAUUAUUAACGGCAGUGCUACAGCCCACAUGGCACCCACAGACCAUGCAGAUAGACUGACGGAGAACUGCAGAGGCUGUGCCUUGCAGAGUAUACAGUACCUAAGAGACCUGAAGUCCAAGACCAGCAUCAAGAGAGCAGACCCAGCCUCCAUUCGCAUAAUUGUACAGAAGAUCCUGCACUUGGGUCAGGAGCUGCGGCCAAAAGGAAUGGACGUUCGUCAGGAUGAGCUGGGUGAUAUGGUUGACAAAGAAAUGGCUGCAACAUCAGCAGCUAUUGAGGAGGCAGUCCGCAGAAUUGAUGAAAUGAUGAACAAGGCAAGAAAAGACACAUCGGGAGUUAAACUGGAGGUCAAUGAAAGAAUCCUUUUCAGCUGCACUGAUCUGAUGAAGGCUAUCCGCAUGCUGGUCAUAGCAUCCACAGACCUGCAAAAGGAGAUUGUUGAGGGUGGGAGGGGUGCAGCAACCAUUAAAGAGUUUUAUGCCAGAAACUCUCGCUGGACUGAGGGACUGAUCUCUGCUGCCAAGGCUGUUGGAUGGGGAGCCACAGAGAUGGUAGAAUCUGCUGAUAAAGUGGUGCUGCACACGGGCAAAUAUGAGGAGCUCAUUGUCUGCUCUCACGAGAUUGCUGCAAGCACGGCACAGCUGGUCGCUGCCUCCAAGGUUAAGGCCGAUCGCAAUAGCAAGAAGCUGUCAGUUCUUCAGCAGGCAUCUCGCAAGGUCAAUGAGAUGGCAGCUAACGUGGUGGCCUCCACAAAGACUGGUCAGGAGCACCUAGAGGACAAAGGCAAGUACACUUUAAUGCGCUUAAAAUACCAUACCAUGGACUUCUCUGGGAUGUCCCUCAUCAAGUUGAGAAAAGAAGAGAUGGAAUCACAGGUCAAAGUGCUGGAAUUGGAAAAUCAGCUGGGGAACGAGCGCCUACGUUUGGGUGAACUGAGGAAAAAACACUAUGACCUGGCUGGAGUUCCUCCAGAACAGACUCCUGAAGGGAACGGGGAAACAUCCUCACUGGCCCAUCCUGUCACUAUGUCACCUAAACCCAGCAAACCUGCUCUCAUGAAAAAACCUGCGCUGGCACAAAAACCCAACAUCCCACCUAAAACCUUGUUCAAGUAAACGCGAGCAGAUUAUGAUACACUGCAGGACAGCUGGAUUAAGAGAGACAGAUUGCCUUUUUGUAACGAAAUUGUUUCUUUUGAGUUGCAUACUGACAAUCCUAUUUGUCGUGCUGCUUGUUUUCCUUUACCCCUCCCUGUUUGUUCUUCACCAAGAUGGAACAGGAGCCUGAUUUGUUUAUUUUUUAGUUUUAUUAUUUUCCUAUUUUUUAACCUUUGAUGCCUUUAUUGGAUACACUGUCUUUGUCCCUCCUUUUUAUUGUAAACAAACUUUUAAGAUACAAUCUUUAUCAUUUUAAUCUCCGGCAUCAAACACUAAACUAUGAUCAUUUUCUUUUAAUCUAUUUGAAACUUUUUUUAAUGAUAAAAUGCUACUGGUCCUUUAAAAAAUAAAAAGAAGUCAACAUUAUUAAUGACCACAAAUCAGUUUCAUAUCUUGUACUAGUAGGAAAUGGACUAGAGGAAAUAACCUUUCUUUUUCUUGAUGUACACUUUUAUGUAUUAUUUAUGUUGUGGUGGAUGGUGAAGAAAACUGGAGAAUCACCAAUUGUGUGUCCACAUUGCUGCAAAGGGUGGACAUACCUCUUGCUUUGCCUUCGUGUUCAAAAUAGCUUUUUUUCUCAACAAUAUAAGAAUGUCUCAGAGGCCUUGAAUUGUUAUUUACCGAUGCAUUAAAUUAUUCCUGUAUAGGAGAUCACAGCUCACCCUGUGAUGUGUUAAUGUCACAUCACCAUAAGCGAUCCUGGAUACUAUGUUAUAGUUAUUGAUAGACUUUGAUAGGCUUAAUGCUUUCACAAAGGUGUUGGAUUUAGGUGUCCAUCAAAUUCUUAUUUUAGGCUGAAUAUAAAGGUUUAGGGUUAGUUAUUGUACAUCAUCUUUUUGUCAAACUUGUUUUUGCCUCUGGGAGCCUUCCUUACAGGGUCUUACAGGCAUCUUUUUAUGUUCUGUGCUUUCCUCUACACAAAAAGUCUUUAUACUCUCAGAUCUAUUAAUAUAUUUUAGUAAAGAUACUCGUGGUUUGUCCUUGUGCAAAUGUCAGACAAAUAAACAAUAAAUCCAUGA